UUAAGGAAUUACCAUGAUGCAUAGUUAUUUUGAUUUCUCGCCAAACACUUACAACUGUUGCUAUUAAACUCAUGACAAAUAGAACAAAUUAAAGGUAAUGUAGAGUAAAUUCAACCGCAGUAUAGCUUGACCAGCUCACCCUUUACCUACUUUAUUUUGUUAAUCUCCUCACUUGCAUCUGCGUCAAGUCACGCAAGCACGAUAUACACAAGUGCUGAAACAUCCCCUCCGUUUCUACUUGCACCCUUAUUCCACCCUACAGUUACUGACAAGUUACCUACCCACAUAUGUAUCUACUAGCAAAAAAUCGUGUAUUAAAGUUUGUAUUUAACUUAUUCUAUUAGCUUCUUCUAUGUACACAUGGUAUGUCACACGAAGUAGACCGCUCUACCGCAUAUGUAUAAACAAUAUAUUACCUACAUAACUAUAGUUGAUGCAAAGUGAAAAAAUUCACAAGUUGCGACAAUUUUCGAUUCACGUCAACGUCCAACACACACACUCCCAAGUACUCUUAAUCGGUACACAGAAAAAAAAAUCGAUUUUCUACUGUAUGUGUGUAGAAAAAUUACACGCUUGGCGUGUCGUUUUCACCCCCUCCCAAGUACGCGCCGCGUGUUUAACUCAGUACACCAUGCCAAUGCCAGGCACUAUCACGCUACUGCUUUUUGCCUUUGUUGCUAUGUUCGUGUUGUGAACCAGAGAGACCUAUGGCGAUGCGGUAGCUGGCGUUUCAAGUCUGUGGCGUAUUAUUGCCGCGCCAAGAAUGAUUCACUCUAAUAUCAGCAGUUUAGUUGUCUUUGAAACUUGAAAGCAAGCCGAGUGUGUUUUUUAGUUAUUGCAAAACUUUGAAAUUUCUAAAUUCAUUGAUAACAAUAUUUGUUAAGCUUAGAAAUUAUUUUAUAAUGUUUUUUGGAGAAUUUGAACAAAUUAAAGCUAAUUACACAGUCAAACAUGAAUAUGAAACGUGUCAACACGAUAAAACGGCAUCUGUUGAACCGUUUACGUUAAUCGCUGAGGUUAAAAAACACCAAGUUUUGUACAAUAAACAAUUGACUGAUUAUUCUAGCAAUCCUAUUAAAGAGAAGGUUUGGGAGCAAAUACAUUCUGUGAUCUUUCCAAAUUAUGAAGAGUUGAGUGAAGAGACGAAAGGAGUUAUAAAAAAAACAGUUCGCAAACGUUGGAAGUCGUUAAGAGAUGCUUUGGUCAAAGAUCACCGGUUACGAUGUGAAAAUACAGAUUACAAAAGGAAAAAGAUGAGCCCAAUGGUGGAAGAAAUGCAGUUUUUGCUUCCUUACAUACAAAGUCCGCGAAUACAUUCUUACAGCACCGACAUAAACCAUUCCCCCAACUUUAGCCAUCUUUUAAAUGGAGAUACAAUUGAUUUGACAUCUCAAGAAGAUACAGAAGAUUCAAAUGAUAUAAUGGUCAGAAAUGAAGCCUUCUAUCCGUCAGUGCAUCUUAAAACAUCCGAAGGUGAUAAAGAAGAAGUUGAAUGGAGAGAAGAACUUAAUUCCUCAACUGCAGAAGAAUACACUAAUCCUGAAACAUCACCAUUAAACUAUACAAUUUGUGAAGUUCAAGAUUCAGAAAUGAAUGAAUUCAAACCAGCAGCAUUCGAUGAAAUCACAAUUACAAAAAUUCAAAAAAGAAAACGUUCAAAUUCUGAAGAAGAUUUGAACUCAAAGCUAAAUGAAUUAAUAGAUCGGUACAAUGACGAAUACAAGGAUGAAGAUAGAAUGUUUUUGUUGUCUCUUUUGUGUGACUUGAAGAGAGUACCAUCUCAGAAGAAACUUAAAGUUAAGUCGGCUCUUGUGACAGCACUUUUUGAAGCCUUAAACUGAGAAUUAGUAACUUACAUAAAUAGAAAUUUAAUUCUUAAUAAUAAUAUGAUUAAGUAAAGAUCUCUUUUCAAAGAAAAAUUAGGGGUCUAGGGGAAAAACGAAUCAUGUCCACUUCAGUCUAUCACUGUUUGUAAAUCAAUCUUUUCAAGA